GCACAUUCGGACUUGGAGCUGCUCGCGUGCUUCUCACUCCGGAGCCCGCACGGAGAGAGUGCGCGCACAACUCACGCAGGGUGUACAACCCCAGAGAGAGAGGGAGAGAGAGAAAACACAAGCAGUUGUAGUAUAUAUAUCACUGUUCUAUUUAUCGACGCUCUUUGUGUUUUUUUUGUUUACUAACAACAACAAAAAGAUUUUUUAAACUGUUGGAUUUUGUUAUUUUCUAUUGGUUAUUAUUUGUAGUUAUUUUUCUUUUAAAUCAAGCAAAAGGGGAUAUUUACAACAGACUACGACGGCUCAGUUUGUGCACGAGAACAGGUUUCUCCAGUGGCUAUAUACACUAGCUGCUACAGUAGGCAGGCGGUACGAUCAUUACACACGGUUGCGUGCCGUGCACUGCCACGAGAGUGAAUCCGAGCGGCGCUCCCUUUGCACGCCCAGAGAUCGUGCCGCGCUGCUGCAGUUGCGAGGAAGAAAAGGACGGCGAUAGAACGAACACCCCGUGGUGACUUCGGUAGCAUCAGGCAGACUGAAGAACCGAGAACAACAUCGCCGCGCCGACUCGAUAAAGACGACGAGCGAUAUCAAACAGGAGGAGCUUGCGCCGCCGAGAUUUGAACUUUAUUGAAGUCUGCGCGAGAGAAACCGGGGAGAGCGCUCCGCAUCGUCAUACCUCGUGCCACCUGCUUUCGGGUGAGCAACGGUGGCAUUAUAAUCAUCAUCAUCAGCAGCAGCGGCAAGCAAUGAGCAUCAGCAGCAAGCAGCAAGAACGUGCCACCAACAUCAUGUUCCCGCAGUAUCUCACGGUGCUUCUUCUCACCUGCAUCGCCUUUCAAGGCACUCUGGCAGCAAUCACCGUCAACGUGAGCCCGAUUGUCGAGGUGGAACUGGGAAAGCCUCUGGAGAUCCCCUGCACAUACAAAUCAUCCAUCAGCGAUGCUGUGAACGUGCAAUGGUUCAUCAUUUCGAAAUUGACGCGGCUGAGGAUCAUCUACAAGGACGCGAAGGAGUUCCUGAUCGACGAAGGCACCGACUACACGGACCGCGUCAACAAAGCCAACGAUUUCACCCUGAUGCUCAACACGACGAUGGCCGCAGACGAGCGUGACUUCAUCUGCCAGGUGUCGGCGGGGCCGGCGGGCGUGGGAGAGGCGACAGCCAGCGUCAAGGUGUUUUCGGCACCAAAGGUGGACAUCACGGCAAGCACACUGCCCGUGCUCGUGAACAAGCAACUCUACAAGAUCGGGGAAUGUUUGGUGCAGAAUGCUUACCCAGAGCCCAACAUCACCUGGUACAAGGGUUCCGUGCCCCUUUUGCCAUCUGCUGACGUGAAAGUGACGCCGACGGUCACGAAAGAGACCGACGGCACGUUCACCGUCACGUCCGUCCUGAACUACAAGCCGCAGAAGUCGGACGUGAGAGCCAAGUACCAUUGCGAGGUCAACUACAAGAUGCCAGGCAGCAGCAAGGCCAUCGACUCGGAGAAAAUCAACGUGACAAUGCACUAUCCGCCUGAGAAGGUGAACCUCAUCAUUGAGUCUCCCAGCGUGGCCGUGAAGGAAGGGGACACGGUGGUGUUCCGGUGCGAGACGGACGGAUUCCCCCUACCCGAGAUCGACUUCUACCAGAGUUUGCCGGCGAAGUUUGAUUAUGCCAGCAUAGCCGUGAAGGACAGACUGACCCUGCCUGCCGUGAAUCGGAACAACACCGGGACUUACGGGUGUCAAGCUUUCAAUCCCGACUGGAUGGAGACAUCCAUGAACAGCAGCAAGGAUCUCGUGGUGAACUACUUGGAUGAUGUGAAGCUUACCCCAUCCGAGCCGAUCAAGGUCAUGGCUGGAGUGCAGGUGCAGGUGACCUGCGCAACUCCCUCGUCGUCCGGGACACCGACCUACACAUGGAGAAAGGCCGGGAAGGUGGUGUCCAACGUCGCCACUCUGAACCUGCCGAGCGUGAAGCUGUCCGACAUGGGCGAGUACUCUUGCGUCGCCUCCCUGCCCUCCGUGCCGGGCCUCGUGAGCUCGAGCUCCGUCAAAGUUACCGUGGAAGGGAAGCCGAUGUUCAAUGAGUCCAAGGAUCACAAAGAGACGCGAACCUUGGGUGACACCACCGGACUCGUGUGCAUCGUGUCUGGAAACCCUCGCCCAGACAUCUCGUGGGAAAAGCCGUCGGACUCUGGCGAGCAGAACGACAGCUGGGAUGAGACGACGGGCGUGCUGACGAGCGUGGUGAUGGUGAAGGUGUCGGAGAACAUCCCGCCCAUCAACUGCACGGCUACCAACAACUUGGGCCACAGCACCAAGCGCUUCUACAUCAGCACGCGGCUCGGCCCAACCACUGCGCCCCCUGUCAGUGACAGCGGCAACGGCCGCGUGAUCAUCGCCAUCAUCGUGUCGCUGCUGCUCGUGGCCGUGCUGGGCAGCUUCAUCUACUGGUCGUACAAGACCAAGAAGUUUUGCUUCGGCCAGAAGAGGAGCUCCAUGCCACCAGGUUCCAAUGGCGCUUCGAAACCAGAAACGGAAAAACUGAAUUCUGACAAUGCGGUUUAGAUCACGGAUGAACACACCUUAACUUUUACCUCUCCCCAACCCAUCCUGACCCGUGAAAAAAAAGAAAAAAAAACGAAAAUGACAAAAAAAACUUAGAAUAAUUUUUUUGAAGCUUAAUAUAAAAAAAAAUUGUCGAUGUUUUUUUUUCUGUAUUAUAAGUUGUGUAGAAAACUACCAUGUUAAUCAAGAUUGCUACCAAAGCAAUUGUGUUUUGUGCGAAUACCGUUGGGGGGGGGGGUGUCUGUUUAAAAGUUUUAGCAACGUAAGUACACGAUAGAGUUUGGGGUUCUUAACGGAUGCGUCGCUUGGUGAAGGGAUGUUUUUCAUUUUUUUAAUGAGUUUAUGUAUCGGUGCGCUACUGUAAUAAUACAACAAGUACUGCUUGCUGGUGAAAGUGUACAUGCAAUCGUGCUGGUUAUGUGGCUCUUUAAGAGAUCAGGUGAUGUAGGGUUGGAGUCGGGCUAACCUGGCAGUAAGUCACCACACCUUGUAGGUGCAGUUAAAAUCUCUCACAAGCUCCAGUGCUUUAAAGUCAAUUGCCCUUGGUCGUGACUCACAGAGGCAAAUUUCCUAUCGGUAUAUGAACACAUUUUGUGGCCCCAUAACGAGUGCGGACCGCCGCUCAUUUUCCAUUUGUGGUCCCCAGCCGGUGGUGGAACUUCCACCCUUUAUUUUAAUCAGCUACUUUGGGACGAUGAACUUUGUUGAACCUGAGCUGGAUUUCACCUAGGGAUCCUCUCUUUGAUUGUGAGAUACGGUCUCUGCAACAGCGCGGUGACCCAGGCUAAAUGCUCGAGAGAAGCCGCUAAAAUAAAAUUUAUCUCCACUUUUCAUGAAGCGGUCGCAAUCCCAAACACCCACCUGCCCCAUAAGCCCUCUUCGUUCUUUAACCUCACCACCUCCGCAAUAAUAACGGCAUUGCUGCCGUUAUUCACGCGGCACUCUCCCCUGCCGAUAGCGGAAGUACAACAGCUGAUGAACGGCUAAAUUCUCCUUCGUGCUGUAGAUUCCCUCUGGGCGAACGGUUGAAAUGAAAAUAUAAUUCCAUCAACACCUCCUCGCAGCGGAAUACGCAACACAGUGGGUUUGAUCGCCUGGCGGGUUUGUAUGUUUGUACGUUGAACUUCUUUCGCACCAUACCUAUCCAACCGUGCUAAUCGGAGGUGUGGGGUGAAGGACUACAAACUAAACACAGAAAGCAGUUCUGACAAAGUUAUGUUUUCAAUCUAGAUGAUUUCAAACUGCGUAGCUCCAGCGGCUUCCUAAUAUCGGAAGGAAGAGCGUUCCAGAGGGCCGCAUAAGCGCAUCUAAAAACGCGCGAUAAAGUCAAACGCAGGAGACCUAUUUUCUUUCUGAUCCAGUGAAAACAAACCCAGCCUGUGGAUGGAAUGGAAGCCACCUUGCCUCCCGAGAGCCGUGUGCUGUUCAAAACGGAUGAGCCGAGUGCCAGCUCGAAUUCGCGGUCCAAUGGACACGCGGGAAAAGAGACCGGCAGACAAUGGACAUUUGUGCGUAACGGCAUUUGAAACGAAGCCACUCACUCCACGCCCCACGGCACACGAUUACGCACCAGUUGGCUACCUCAUGGAACGGGGUGGCGUGAGUCAUGUGGCAUUGUACUAAAUGUACUACGAAUCCGGCAAGUAACGGAAUAAUCCAUCACACCGCCCCAGUGGAUUGCAAUUGCUCCAUGCUAGGUGUGACCAAUGGAGGCAAUUGGAGUGGAGAGCACAGGCAGGAAACCGGCAUAUCCCUCCCUUGUCAAGCUGUGUUGGCCACACUGCGCCACGUGACAAUGAGACAAUUGGUGAGGAGUAAAAAAAAAUGCGAUAGCCUUUAACACAGGUGGUGAACCCCCCCCCCCCCCUUCUCCACCCCCACACCAGAUUAGACUUGCAUCCCUCACCCACGCUCGAGAAGAGAUUAAGCUGCUCGCAAUUGAACGCCUUUAGUGACCCCCACCGCCACCGCCACCACCACCGCAGCACGAUUUCGAGUGAUCCGCGCAAUGAACCCCGCACGCCACUCUCACAGGAAAUCUGAUGGCCUGGAGGCACCUUGCAGACGUGCGUGCACACGCGCACCGAGAGGAUUCUUUUGAGAAAAUCGGCGAGCCGCGUUUCAAGUGGUGGCUUUUCUUUUUGGCUGUCUCUGCAAAGGAAAUAAAUAAAUGGCAUUCCCAAGAAAUUGAUACGGUUAUCUAAAAGGUUUUGUACACCCCCCCCCCACCCGCCCGCCCAACUGAUUUUGUACAGAUGAACCCUAACAAAGGGUGGCUCAGCGGGGUAGAGAUACGCAUUUAUGUAUUGUCAUCUGAUACCUCCAUGGCGUCUGCCGUACAUAUCGGGUGGUGGGUUGAUGGCCGCGUGCGGUGGCACGAGUCGGGCACGGUGGCGCGGCAGCACUUCGGAGGCAGAGGUUGGCUCGUUGCGUAGAUUCGUGAAGCUUCCAAACAUUCUGGACGGCGAGGUGGCCAGGAGAUGAGAGUCCAGGCAAGUGGGUUGUGAAAACGUGCGCGUGAACCUUUUGAGUGCGUGCGUUUGUUUUAUUUUACGCACGCGACAUAUGCUCCGUUUACGGUGUUGGACGAAUGUCCAAAUUCAGGAACCUUAAAAAGAGAAGCCUUGAAACAUAGUGGGGGCUCUUCGGGAUAAAUGACUCGAUUAUAAUUGAGAAAUUAAAAUAUACAUUUUUUAUUCCUGGAUUGUGUUAUUUCAUAAUUUCUUAUGCCUCAAAAGUACAGAAAAUGGCUAUUAUUCCCCACAAACUUUGCUUUUGUGACCAGGACAGUGAUAUUUAGCAAUUUACCUAUUUUCAAUGAGAAAACGUGGUGUGCAUUUGUUUCAUUCCUUCACGUAAGGUCCUGGUCACAAAGCAAAGUUUAUACUUUUGAGGCAUAAGCAAUUAGAAAAUAACACUUACUACCCAGGAACAAAAACCGUGUUACAUCGUGUUAUCAUUCCACCGGCUUCAAAGCAACGCUGAAUGGCGAGUCACAGGUGUGAGUGAUACGUUACUGCCAGGUUAGGUGAAAAUCCGCAGUUCGUGUCGUGUGGUGCCAUUGGCGCCCUUAGGAGACUAUCGCAAGUUAAUUUUACACUGGGUAGACCAGAGGGACGAUAUUGAUCCAAGUGUUGUAGAUUCCAGUUGCAUUCCACGUCCGAAUAGUUUUGGCUUUUUUUUUAACUCCUAAAAUCCAAUUCGCAUCAGGUGACUGUGCGUCACGAAACUAGCCCUCUAUUGAAUCGUUUUAAUUUGGAAGCAAAAUCUGUAUAAAUAGGUGUAUAUAUUGAACAUUUUAUAUUUAAACGUUGGUUUGCACCGUGCUGUGUACUUCACAUGGGAAAUUCCAAGCCGUGGUCACUUGCUGAUAUUUUCUGUUAGCAGAAUAAUCUAUAAGCCUUCGCUAGCUUUAACCGUUUUAUAAGUUUUAAGCAAGUGUAUCGUUUUAUUUUCUCGUUUUGGACGCAGGUGGAAAUAGCCAAUGUUUGCCGCAUGACAGUUUUUGUUUUUGUUUUGAGUUCUUAAUCAGGGGUAGAGUGAUCACUCGAUCGAGUAGUUAACGUGUUACCUUCAAAUCAUGCGGGGGUGAGAGUGUGGUGUGUCUAUGUGCGUUAGAGUGUGUGUGUGUGUCUGUGAGAGUGUGUGUCUGCGGGUGUGUGUGUGCCUGUGCAUCUGUGCGUGUGUCUGUGCGUGUGUGAGAGAGUGUGCGUGUGUGUGUGCGCGUGUGUGUGUGUAUGCGUGUGCGCGCGUGUGUGUGCGCGUGUGUGUGCGUGCGUGCGUGUGUGCGUGCGCGCUGUUGUGCCGGUCUCAGGUACAGCUCUUUAUCGAUUCCGCAACCCACAUUUGUCCACCCGGCCGGUUCCGCGAAAGCCGAGUGCCGCAUGCCCGUGCGUGUCGUUCAUCGUACAUGCCUUUUGCGCCGUUUUCACGCCUCCCCCCCCCCCCCAUGUCUGCUGCACUGAAGAUCGGAGUGCAGGACGUUUACUCUUGCCAUUUGUAAUACGGUCCGGCAAGCUGCGAUGUUCACUUCACGACUGCCCCCCCCAAAAAAAGUCGCAUCUCCCCCUCACGUUCUUGGAGUUGCGACAAGUCGUAUCUGAAACCGAACUUAAGGACGUUUCUGGAACAUCGCAAGUCAUUCUGGACUCUGACUCCAGAGUCUGAAAAGAUUUGCCCUUACAGGCACGGACGUCCUUCCAACUCCACGGCCAAACUCGUGUUUUUACGAUGAAAAGAGGAAUGGGCGUUGCCCUAUCUCAUUGGCGGCUUUUCUAGAUGCAUUACACAAUUAUCAUUCAAACCUACUACACAGCAACGAGGAAUGCGAGUCACAGAUUGCGAGUGAUUCGUUCCUGCCAGAUUCGGUGAAAUCUGACAGCCAGGGUGACGGCUAGUCCUCUUUUUCAUCGUAUUGAUACUGACAAAAAGGUCCCAUCGAUAUCUGCGUUUAAUCUCCAUUGGCUGCUAACCCCUCAUACGCGUUGGGUGUUUUGCACGAAAAAGAGUGACAAAACGUCGUUUUCAACACCCUUGCAUUAUUAAUUUCCGAGUGGCGUUCGGAGCUCCGUGCCUGCUGGAGUUGUACUUUGAUUGCGCUCCGGUGAAGACCGAAUGUAGUUAAAAAAUUAACCCGUAAAAACAAAGUUUUUCACUAUAAAUAUUUUAUAUGCGUGGCGGCUAGAGUCCUCUCGUCCUCUGGCUUGAGAUGGCUGCCACCUAUGGGUCAGAUGAUUGUCUGCCACCAUUAAGCAAUUGGUAAUUAAAUAUUUAAAAAAAAUUCCCUAAACAGUGUAAAAUUUUGGGAAAAAAAUUUCACGAAAAUUUAUUGUCACGCACAACGAGUCUGUGUGCAAAAUGUCAGAUCGAUUGGAUCACGGGAAGUGGGUUAAAAAACGACCGAAAGAUUUGCACGGUCCUAAGCAAGCACGCAAGCAAUCAAGCAAGCGAACUUAAUAUAAAGGAUUUAAAAACAAAAGACACGUACACAGAGUGAACGGCGGACGAAACGCACCACGUGCACAUCACCUGCUUCGCAGAACCAAUGUACGUGCCCCCCCCCCUCGUCCCCCCCUCUCGUCCCCCCCCCCCCUCGUCCCCCCCUCUCGUCCCCCCCUCUCGUCCCCCCACCACCACAGGCGUCGUAGUCUGCAGGUGUUCAGCAUCGCGCGAGUCAUGCUCUCUCAUCGGUGUGGUGCUUUCGUAAAUGUAACUUCUCGCGCUGUGCUCUUUAUUUGAAAGGCUUGUUCGGUGUCGCAGCCCAGCGGGUCAGAUUAACCGCGUUGGCCGGCACCGCGGCCCCCCACCCCCCCUCUCCCCUCCUCUCUCCCCUCGCCUGAGAUAGAACCCACGAUUUUACACUCCGGAGCAAAGGGACGGCACGCUCCGGUGCCUACGCUCACCUGACGGGCAAAGUGCUCGCGGGAAUAUCAUUUAGAGAGUUCCGUUUAUAGCAUCGCAGCAACGAGUUUCGGAGCCGAGCCCCCCGGGUGGUGACCCGUUAUGAUGAAAUGCUCAUGCCCCACGAAGCGGGCCAUAGUGGGAGUUGAGCGCUUGUGGAUGAUGCGUAUCAGAGAAUUGCAUAUGAGGCUGCUGCAUUAGACGCGUGUGGGGAGUUUAAAGUGGCAUUUGUUAAAGCAAGGCCAAAGCACUAACCGAGCUGAAAUUUGCUAUGCUUUUUUUGUAUGAAUGCGUUGAACACAAAAGCUUUUCCGAUUAAAGAGUUUUUUUUUUGUUUUGCGUUGAAGCUCCGUUACAUUUGCGUUGCGUGGAAAGUUGUCGCUGUUGCAAGUCUCUCACACGGGCGAGUCCGUGCACACUUUAGCGUCCGGGUAUUAUUUCUGCUCGGUUUGGGGACAGGCGACAAAGUCCAGUAUGGAAUAGCUACCACCGUCCCUCAAUGGAGCAUUGUGUCUCUACGAGCACAGAGCAGGGGAGGGGUGUGCGUGGCAUAAGCACGUUGGCGCACACCAUCACUUGAGCGUAGGCAUAUGUGGGCACAUCUGACGCAGCCGAGUGCGAUGUGUGAUUCUCCUUGCCGGGUUGAGACAGCAUCCACGCGCUGUGGGGAACACGAACCCCACUCUCUCAGAAAGUGGCUUGAUGCUUCGUUUUUGGGAGACCGAAUGUAAGGCCACUCGCUUUGAUCAAAACGAGUUUUGGGGGCAUUUUUUGACAUUGCCAAGACAACGAAAAGUUGCUGUCUCGUUCAUAAUGUGCGUUCGACGCAAAAAUGUAAACGAAUUCAGCUCUGCAACAUAACCAAUCUUGCAUGGGCUUGUAAAUUAUUGAACAUAGCUGCAAGUCAGGUUGGUCGAGGGGGAAAAAAUCCGAUUUUAUUUUGCCGUUAGUCCAAAAUGGGUAGCCUGGAGGAAAUUAAUUUUAGAUGGCCACUUCAAACACUGAGCCGUUGCUAAACUUCAAUCACUCUCGAGCCUGAGGGACGUUCCUUCGUAUUUAUAUAACGCCAAAUUAGAACGGCAAUGCCUUCUUCAUCAUCGGCUGGAACGGAGCCACAAGUCUGCAUCACUAUGUCUAGUGAGUGGCUUAGCAUGAGGUCUCCUGACCAUGAUGUUUAAAGUCACAAAGUGGUGCUGCGUUCCAUAUCAGCCUUUAAUCAACUCGGGUUUUUUUAAUGUAUGUGUUUAAAAAAAAAACAAUGUUAGCUUGGAAGAGCGAUGAAGGGGAAGUAUAAAUAUGUUCUCAUUGUAUUUGUUUUUUGUCAUUGAUUCUUUUUCCUGCCGUUACUUAUUUUUACAUAAAUAUACGAUGAGAGCGCUGGAGGCGUUGGAGAGGACAUACAAAACAUAAUGGGUGAAUAAAUGAAUGAAAAGUGGAUUUCCUGCUUGCGAGCGCACAUAUCCGCAGCAGCAGCAGCAGCAGAAGGAGUCGUCACUACGAAGCAGCACACCGCGUUAGUCAUGAACUGUUGAAAUUUGAAUCUUAGUCGGGGUGAAUUACCGUAGGUGUUUUUGUAAGGUAGCGAAGGGAAGGCGAACCUGGUUAAUUUUAAGCAGACGUGAGCAUCGUCCCCCCCAACUCCUGCGGUGGAGAUAGCAAGCUGGUAAAGGAUACAAUGACAGGCUUUCACAGAGGUCUGCAUUGAUAAUACUACGCAUAAGGAAAAUAGAACGAAAAAAAAACGUGCAACCUCCCAAACCGCCACGCACAGGUGGUGGGGGGAUUACAAGAUGGUGAAAAAUGAAACUCAAACAAGUUUCAAAGAAAGAUUUUUUUUUCGUAUAAAAAUUGGCUUGUGGCAUGUGUGCAUAUCCAGUGUGGGGCGCAUCUCAUUUUCAGGAUUACACUGGCUUAUCGCUUGACGCCGACAGAUAAUCGCUGUACAUUGCCCUCCGAAAACGUUAUUCCGUGCGCUUGCCCCCCAUAAUUAAGUCUCGGCUUUUGUCAUCGCGAAGAAUCGGACGCGAUUCUGAAUCUUCGGUCGGAAGAGAGUUGCCGACGAGUGAACAGUGGAAUUGCUUUCGGGCCAAAAUUGGGUGCGAGGCCCCGCGUUAAUAUGGUAAUGAGUCUCUCACGUCAUUCAUCAUCACUGUCAGUCACAUGGCUGCCUUUUGACCGAGGUAUGAGCAAAUGGUUUUAGUUUUUUCCGGAAAACUUUAUCGGCUUCUUAUGGUGGCACAUGGGAACAAAAACCAAGCGAAUCAACUUUCAAAGUACAAGUUGGGGUGUAAACAUAUAUAUAUACACACACACACACUGCAUACUUUCUGAUAAUAUUUUGCUUGCAAUAUUCACCGUGCAGAGUGAAUAGCCAAACGUGUUUACUCCUGAUUUUUUUAAAAUAAAGUGACACCUGAAAAUCCGGAGCCUUUAUUUUGUUGGGAGAAUGUGUUCACUGGUUUUUAGUUUUUGGCAAUGAAUGCAUUUCUUGCGAUUUCCUAUAUCGUGGAUGACAUGAUCAAGUGUACACCUUUGAAUGUUGAUACCACCUUCUUCCCACAAAAAGUGGCUUUGCGAAGUUGAAAUGAUUGAAAAUGUAAUGGAAUAAAAAAAAUUAUAAUAAUGAAAGUUGGAUUUACAAGCCUACAAAGUCAUGUGGUUUAAAGAAAAAAUAAAUGCCACGAUUAAGAAA